AGUGAUCGCACUAAUGCAAUCGCAUCAACCUAUCCACUAGUAUAUAGGUAGUAAUACUACUGCGUAAAUAAACAAUAGUAUACCUCCCGUCGAUUUGACAUGUGACCGGUAUAAAGUUUCACAGUGACUGUUGCGCGCAACAAAUAAUUUGCUUUCUGCCCUUCUACCAGACAGUUACGAGGCUACGCGCUCUAGGUUAUGUUGUGUUUAUAUUACCGUUCGCGCAAACAGAUUCUUCAUUUUUAUACAUUGUGGACAGCCUUUCCAAAGAAAAUUUCGCUGCGCUCAAUUGCACUAAUUCGAUAGACGGGCCAAGGUGCAGUAAGGCAAGGUAAUGAACGUGGGACUAUCCACAUAUGAUGGUUCAGAGAAAGAAUCAACUCCCAAUAAUGGAUUGGAAAGUGGAGGAGGCGCUACAAAGAAAUUGGCCAGGGGUAUAUCUAGAGCGACUGAAAAUGCAGCUAUUGUCUCCCAUGCACGUUCUCAAUUAACUACUCUAGGUCCUUUGGAUACUCCAGAAUUCACAUUUUCACUUCCUGAUCUGAGUGUAUAUCCAGAUUCGUUUCGUCAGUUUUUGGAGAAAGAUCUGAUCGAAGGAGGAUGUUUAACAUCUCUGGAAGCUGCUGGUCGUUUGAACUGGUGGUGCGGAGGUAAAAAUGGAAGCAACAGAGUCCUGUGGCCUCUGGCAACAUCGGGAGAUGGCAAUUGUCUUCUACACGCAGCUUCCCUUGGCAUGUGGGGCUUUCACGAUAGACUUCUUACAUUAAGGGAAGCGCUACACGAUACUCUGGCCAAAGGAGAGUACCGGCAUGCUUUGUUUAGAAGGUGGAAAUGGCGGCAGAUGGGUUUAAAUGCUGCUGCAGGAUUGUCUUAUACAGAAGCAGAAUGGUUAACAGAAUGGCAGACAAUUGUGGAUAUGGCUUCUCCUAUUUUCAGAAAUCAAACUGCUACCUCUUAUCAGAGUCUUGAAGAAGUACACGUAUUAGCUUUGGCUCACGCUUUGAAGAGACCUAUAAUAGUUAUAGCAGAAACUAUGUUAAAAGAUGCAGAAGGUGUAGCUUUAGCACCAAUCCCAUUUGGCGGUGUAUACUUACCAUUAGAAGUACCUCCAUCUCGUUGUCAUAGAACCCCGUUACUUUUAGCGUAUCAUUCAGCUCACUUUUCUCCACUGGUUACCGUGGACGGAGCAAGUGAUUUCGGGGAUGGUUGUAACGAGGGUGUUAGUAUACCUCUUGUAGAUCCAGACACAGGCCAGUUGUUGCCUGUUUUAUUUGCAGUCGAUCCUGGACCGGAGUGGGAUUGGGAGGAAGGUUCUCGAGACUUGUUAGCUUGCCAGCAAGACACGCUGGAAAUUUUAUUGAGGGUAUAUUUGGACUGUGAAUAUCAAAACUUCAUAUCAGAGGACAUCGACAGAUUAUCCGAUACCGACGGUUCGCUUUCUAAAACAGCAAAGCAGCUACUAGGUGUGGCGAAACAAUUCGGAUCCAUUGGGAAAUCCGUUAGUAAAAGACUGUGGUCAAUGGCGAAGAGACCAAAGAGCCCACCGGCGACGGCAGGCGAACUUUCUACAGGUUUAUUGUGCGUAAGAAUUAGAAGUAGACGGCAUCAGUAUGUAGAUCAGAUGCUUCAAAAUUAUCUCGAAUGCGCUCAUGCAAGAUACCUGCAAGAUCAUAAAGUUGAUGACACUGGUACUGAAAUGAAUUAUGGUGCUGGCAAGUCGAAAUUUUAUGCUGCCAGCGAUCGAGAUAGCCAUGCGAGUGUCAGCAAGUUAUUACCCACCAAUCCAAAUAAAGAUCGUACACUUUAUCUUUCUAGAUCUACUUUUUACAAUGACCAAGCAUCGUCUGAUAAAUCGGGACCAGCGUUGUGGAAUAGCAACGUUUUAGGAGCUGUAGUCAAAGAAUGUCGUAGUGAACAAUGUCAAUUUUUCGGAUCAGCAGAGAAUGAUUAUUAUUGUUCACAGUGUUGGGCAAAUCGACGUUAUCGUUGAUUAAUUAAUCUCCAGUGGAAUAUGACAAUAAUAACUCUUAAAUAUUGGUUCAAAUGAAAUCAAGUAUAUUCGGAUUUAGAAGAAUCACUAGACCCUUUAAAGUAUGGCUUAAAAGAAAUAAUGAACUCGCUAAUUUCAUUCUUCCUGCUAUAUUAAUUUAUUACAAUUCAUUCUAGUUCGACAUCAUUUUCUUUUCUCUAUUUAUUAGUAUUCAUCUUUUUCAAAAGCAUAUCAAAUGUACAGGGUUUCAAUUUCUAUCUUUAGCGUAUUAUACAUUAAAAUGCCUUUCGCGUGUAGCUUGUAAAUUAGAAUCGUCUGUUACGACAAAAUUUCUAUUUUCACGAAAUACAAUCAAUUCAUAAAUUUUUUGCACGUGCCUUCUGUCGCGCACGAUGAAAAUAUUAAAUAUAGAUACGAUGAUAAUACUCGGUUUUCAAUGCUGCGGUGGAAAACCCAUUUAUUCUUGCAACUACCUCUACCGCUUUUAAUAUAACGCUUUGUACGAAUUAAUCGCUCUAUGCUCGCUCACUUCUUCUUAAGUGAGAUUAUUUACAAAAGCGUGUACUUGAUAUGAUAAAUUGAUAUCAAAUCGUUCAUUAUAUUUAAUCUUGCCUGCUGGCAACUGUUCAUGUAAAGUUGUGUGAGGAAUAAAACAUAUUUUUAUA